AUGAAAGUGAGACGCUCUUUGACGAAGCGCGGAAAGGAAGAGAGAGUGAUGGCACAAGGCGUUGGAUGUGGUGAGAAGGACGAGGAGGAGGAGCAACAGCAACAGCAGCAGCAGCAGCUCCGAAUUUCUGGAUCCUUGCUGCAUAACGAGUGCAAUGUGCAAUACCACCGAUGCAGCCUUCCUUUUUUCCGCCGUGGGAUCGGAGCGGGUGAUCCGUCCGGUCCUUUAGCCGCUUUUUCGCAGAAUGUUACGGCGUUCGACUCGUACAAGAGAGUCCAAUAUAAUCUGGUCAGAGUCACGGACCAUUGCCGAUGA